AUGAUUGCAGGACUCAACCUUCUCUUUAAGGACACUGGAAUUCGGACGGAUGAGAUGAAGGGCAGUGUAGAAGAUUUCAUGUCAGCCCAAAGCGAGGUCAAUCGCCUGAGGAGAGAGUUGAUACUUCAGAAGUGCGCCAAGCAUCCAGAACUGAAUCAAGGUGGUAUUACCCACAACACAUAUCGCCAUAUAUACUUCAGUGACAAGCACAAGCUUCUCUAUUGUUUCAUCCCGAAGGUCGGAUGCAGCAACUGGAAGAGGGUGAUGAUGAUUUUGAACGGGAGCAAGAACAAAAUCAGCGAGAUGCUACCCAACGAAGUCCACGAAUACAACGGCAUGAAGCGCCUCGCCGAAUUAUCGGGCACAGAGCAACAGCAGAAGUUACAAACAUACAAGAAAUUCGUUUACGUGCGCAAUCCGUUUGGGCGCUUGCUAUCAGCCUUCAAUAAUAAAUUCGGGGAUGUUGUAGACUCGUUGGUUGAAUAUCCAUCUAAAAGCAAUAGUCACCCAACGAACAGCAGCGCUAAAAUGGAAAAAGCUUUUCAAGAUUUACCCAAAGACAAUUUACAAAAAUUGUGGAAAAUUUACGAAAAAGAUUUCGAAAUAUUUGACUACCCAAAGCCAGAUUUCAUUGAAGAAUAUUAG